GUGGAAGUAGAGCAACGCGUUUCAUGGGCAGUGGCGGUAAAGAAGAAUUCUAAAAGGAAAAUGGAACUAAAAAUUCCAGCGUUCAGUUCCAAGCUGAGGCAGUAAGGCUUAAGCUAGUGUUUUCGAAGCAAGGAGAAAACAUUGAGUUAUUUUAUCAUAAUUAUCGUCAAUGAUGGAGGCAUUAACUUCUUCUCCAGUGGGCAAUCUAGGGACUUUGAUGAGUCCCAAUGACGACACCCUCCAAGAAAUCCUCCAAAGCUACGACGGUUUCUGCGCUGCUGCUAAAUCUCUCCUCAACGGCUCGAGCGAUCUCUCCGUCGAACACGACUUCGUUUCCCACGUUCAAACUCUCUGCAAAAACGGCCUCCGUAGUCUCGCUCUGGACUAUUUUCUUAGGUCACUCGAGGAAGCGUUUGAGAAAAAUGGGGCGUCGAGAUUUUGGCUACAUUUUGAGAACUAUAGCAAAAUUGAAGAAGAUUUAGAUAAGAUUGAUGAGGAUGAGAUUCAAACAGUGCUUUGCAAUGCUCUGGAGGAGAUUUGUUUAGAAAAAGAAAAUAAAGAGAAAUGCUUGUUAAUGUUAGUUCAUGCUUUACAGUCCUAUGUGGAUAAUUCAUCUGAUGAAAAGCCCAACUUUGAUGUGGGAAAAGAUUAUCUUUUUUCAAAGUAUCAAUUAAUUGUUUCUUCCAUGCUUAUGGCCAACCUUCCUCGACAUUUCCCCAAGGUGCUUCACUUUUAUUUUAAGGGAAGGCUUGAUGAGUUGAAUACCAUAAUGGAUGGAGAAUUGAAUGAGGAAAAUGAGCAACGAGAUAGAGAUGAGAUGGAUUUGGAUGAAAAGAUUAAGUAUCGAACUGGUGAAAUGGACAUCGACAAGUGCUAUUCCCAUGACAAGUUUCCCGAGAACAAUAAAUUGGUGAAGAACAUUGGGAAGGUUGUUCGUGAUCUUCGAAAUCUUGGAUUCACAUCCAUGACUGAAGAUGCCUAUGCUUCUGCUAUCUUCAUGCUUCUGAAGGCUAAAGUACAUGAUCUGGCUGGUGAUGAUUACCGGAGUUCUGUUUUGGAUUCCAUUAAGGGUUGGAUACAGGUUGUUCCUCUGCAAUUCCUGAAUGCAUUGCUUGCCUAUCUUGGUGAUUCUACUGGUUUUGCCCAACAUUCACCUGGUAGCAAAUCACCUCUGGCUUCACAGCUAUCUUCAUGCUAUUUUGGAGCAAAUACUCCAUCAGAAGGACUUAUUAGAUGGAAAUUGCGGCUAGAGUAUUUUGCUUAUGAAACAUUGCAAGACUUAAGGAUUGCCAAACUGUUUGAGAUUAUUGUUGACUAUCCUGAGAGUUCUCCUGCAAUUGAGGACUUGAAGCAGUGUCUUGAAUAUACUGGACAGCACUCUAAGCUGGUUGAAUCUUUUAUUUCUGCUCUAAGAUACCGCUUACUUACUGCGGGUGCCUCAACCAAUGACAUAUUACAUCAAUAUGUUUCAACAAUCAAGGCACUCCGGACCAUAGACCCAGCUGGUGUUUUUCUUGAAGCUGUUGGUGAACCAAUAAGGGACUACUUGAGGGGAAGAAAAGACACCAUAAAGUGCAUUGUGACCAUGCUUACAGAUGGCACUAGCGGUAAUCCAAAUGGAUCUGGAAACAGUGGAGAUAGCCUUCUUGAGGAAUUAAAUAGAGAUGAAGAAAAUCAAGAAAAUGUUGUAAUCGACGAUGAUUUUAAUACAGAUGACAAGCAAGCUUGGAUUGAUGCACAACGCUGGGAACCCGACCCUGUUGAGGCUGACCCAUUAAAAGGUAGCCGAAAUAGAAGGAAGAUUGACAUACUUGGAAUGAUUGUUGGCAUAAUUGGUUCAAAGGACCAACUUGUUAAUGAAUACCGUGUUAUGCUUGCUGAAAAACUUCUGAACAAAUCGGAUUAUGACAUUGACUCGGAGAUACGGACUGUAGAACUCCUCAAGAUACAUUUUGGUGAGAGUAGCAUGCAGAAAUGUGAAAUCAUGCUUAAUGAUUUGAUUGAUUCCAAGAGGACAAAUACCAACAUUAAAGCAACCAUUAAUAAAACAUCUCAAAUAGAUCCACAUUCAUCAGAGGCUGGUAUUUCCUUGGAUAAUCUUGAUGCUACAAUCAUAUCUUCAAAUUUCUGGCCUCCAAUCCAGGAAGAAGCCCUUAUCAUUCCUGAUUCCGUUGAUCAACUGCUCUCUGAUUAUGCAAGAAGGUUUCAUGAAAUCAAAACUCCUAGAAAGCUACUUUGGAAGAAAAAUCUUGGAACGGUCAAGUUGGAGUUGCAAUUUGAGGAUAAGACAAUGCAAUUUACAGUCGCUCCUGUGCAUGCCGCAAUAAUAAUGCAAUUUCAGGACCAAACAAGUUGGACCUCUAAGAAUCUUGCUGCUGCUACUGGGAUCCCUGUUGAUGUGCUGAACAGGAGAAUAAGUUUUUGGUUAAGUAAGGGAGUUCUUACUGAAUCAGUAGGAACAGAUCCCAGCAACCAUGUGUUUACCCUAGUCAAAGGCAUGAUUGAUGCUAGUAAGAACAGUGGUAAUACUGGAAAUUGUGAGGAGCUUUUAGCCGGUGACGAGGAGGCAGAGAGAUCCGUGGCUUCUGUUGAGGACCAACUACGUAAAGAAAUGACUGUAUUUGAGAAAUUCAUCUUGGGUAUGCUCACAAAUUUUGGUAGCAUGGCAUUAGAUCGAAUUCAUAAUACUCUCAAGAUGUUCUGUGUAGCAGACCCUCCAUAUGAUAAAUCACUCCAACAGCUGCAGAGCUUCUUAUCAGGUCUAGUUUCUGAAGAGAAAUUAGAGCUCAGAGAUGGAAUGUACUUUUUGAAGAAGUAAUUCGCUCAUAUAGUCACCGGCCAUCAACUGUUAAGCAUUUAACAGGUAGCACCGGUAAGGAUAAUCUUAGAAAGAUGAAGAGUGCCAUCCCCUUUCUUAAGUAUAUUUGACAGUCAUUUUAUGAAGAUUAUGAGAUGCUUUUUCGAUUCUAAAAUCAUCUCCGUUAAAGGCGGUCCUGCUCUACUUCUGACAAGAUUUAUACAGGGAAUGACAUAAUUUCGGGUUGUUCUUGAGAUUGUUCAUGUUGCUAAGGGAUGCAAUCUACUGUGUUUAGAGAAAUUAUUGAGGUCGAGAGACUAGUGUAAUUAUUUAUGUACCCGUUUU